GUGAGUGCUGACGUGAGCGAUCAGGAAGCGGCGCCUGUAGCUUCAAAGAUAAUUACAAGAUCUUACAAGCGUUUUAGCGCUUAAUGUUGUUGAAUUUUAGCGUCUUUAGGGGCUGCCAGCCAUGGAGACCUGGAGCCUUAUUUCUAUAUGCGUUUUGCUUGGUCUAACGACGAGGUGGGCUGUGUCUUUCAGCUCCUAUUCAGGCGCUGGAAAAGCACCCAUGUUUGGAGACUAUGAGGCACAGAGGCACUGGCAAGAAGUAACCUACAAUCUUCCCUUAAAGGAAUGGUACUUCAACACCACAGACAAUGACUUGGGCUACUGGGGUCUGGACUACCCCCCUCUCACUGCCUACCACAGUCUUUUUAUGUGCUCAUAUGUAACAAAACUGAUUGAUCCUGCAUGGGUAGAGUUGCACACAUCUAGAGGUUAUGAGAGUGCAUCGCAUAAGUUGUUUAUGCGCACCACAGUUCUUUUUGCAGAUAUAGUGAUUUAUAUUCCAGCAGUCAUUCUUUUCUGCUUCUACCUCACUGAUGGAUCCUCCAGAAAGAAGGUUGCCACAGCCCUGUGCAUCCUGCUUUAUCCGGGACUCAUCCUAAUCGACUAUGGUCAUUUUCAAUAUAACGGUGUAAGCCUGGGUUUGGCGUUGUGGGGUGUGGUGGGGCUUGGUUUGGGCUGGGACCUGCUUGGGUCGUUGGCCUUCACCUUAGCUCUCAAUUACAAGCAGAUGGAGCUGUACCACUCAUUGCCCUUCUUCUGCUACCUCCUGGGCAAAUGUAUCAAACAAGGCCUUAUGGGUAAAGGGCUGCUUCUGUUGGUAAAGAUCUCAUUGACUGUGCUGGCGACCUUUGCCCUCUGUUGGUGGCCUUUCCUGUCAGACCCGCAGCAGAUCCUGCAGGUUCUGCAUCGCUUGUUCCCUGUUGACCGUGGCUUGUUUGAGGACAAAGUGGCUAACACAUGGUGCAGCUUGAACGUGCUGAUAAAGAUCAAGACCCUGCUGUCCAGAGACACUCAGCUGCUCCUCAGUUUUGCUCUCACUCUUCUAUUCAUCUUGCCUUCGUCAAUUAAAUUGUUGACCAAACCCACUCUGUGGCAGUUAAAGCUGGCUUUGGUGAACUCGUCACUGGCCUUUUUCCUUUUCUCCUUCCAAGUCCAUGAGAAGUCCAUCCUGCUGCCGGCCUUACCAGUUUGCCUUCUGAUGAAUGAACUUCCACUGAUGUCCAUUUGGUUCCUGCUGGCCUCCACUUUCAGCAUGCUCCCUUUGCUGCUGAAGGAUGGUCUGCUCCUGCCUUAUGUGGUGACCUCACUGGCCUUCCUCUAUCUUGGAGUGUACCUUCUUUCUGCUUUAGACAGAAGGUCAGAGGAAGAGCUCAUGCUGGCCUCUUGUCUCAAACUCACCCAGUACUGCCUCUCCAAACACACCUUAAGUCUGCUGGUCAAGUUCACGUUUAGAGUCUCGUUGGUGGCCAUGGCUGGCUUGAGCUUUACGAGCGUGGUGCUGGAGCCUCCGGCUAGGCUGCCUGAUUUGUUUCCAGUGCUAGUCUCCGUUUUCUCUUUCCUCCAUUUCCUGGCCCUGCUACUAUAUUUCAACCUCGUCCAACUGACAGAGCCGCCCAGCAAAAAGGGCCCAAAGAAAACAAACUGAGAGAGGGUCUCCAGACACCACUCGUCAUUCAGUCUUCAGUAAGGUCCCUAUGAAAAGGGGAUAAUCAUGGAGAAAGAUGACAAAGGGAAAAGAGAACGCCUUCAAUUAGGUCAGAAUGGGUCCAGUUUGGAAAAUUAGAUUUCCUCUUAAUAGGUGGCUUGGGGAAGUCCCCUCUGCUCAGUUUAAAAUGGUGACUCCUAAGAAUGGAGGGAAAGUUUUGCUAAGUGACACAAAUAUUAUUACAGACAAAGCCCCUUAGCAUGGACUGUGAGUAUGAAAAUGAAUCUUGAAAAAGACCAAGUUACAAGGACCAUCGUUUAUUAACACAUUUUCUACACAUCAAUAAAUGCUUUUGUACAAAAA